CUGGUCAUUUUGUCCACGACCACAACAAUGGAGAAAGAGAAUCCUGAGGUGAAGAAAGAUGAAGAUCAGAUUCAGACUGCUCUGGUGAGCGAGAAGGACGAGAGUCAGACAGCGGAGAAGGGCCAGAAGGAUCAGAGUCAGGCUGUCGUGAAGAGUGAGAAGGUUGAUACAGAGAAGCUUAUUCAGUUCAUGGAAGAACGCUAUGAUAAAUAUGUUGCCAAUGUACAGUCCUUCGAUGAUUUCUACCACGCCAUCGUUGAGCUUAUCGAAAAGUUUUGCGAGGAGCGUGGUCAGGUGCAGUACAAGAUACCGACGAGAGAUGCACUUGAGCAAGCGUACAAGAAGCAUCACACGGCGGAGGGGCAGCUGAAGAGGGAGGAGUUCAUAAAGAUCGGCAAGGAGGUGAUCAGGCGCGACAGCUUCACCCUGGGCAAGGCGACCGUGGACUUCAUCACGUACCUGUUCGGCGCCCCGCUGUGCGCGCUCGCGGCGAAGAGGAUCCUCCCCAGCCUGGGCUGGCUCUCCGACGACGUCGUCAUCCCGCUCGCCACCUCCGGCUCCGUCUACUAUCUCAUCAGGACCAAGCAGCUCUGAGACACUACGGGUUUAUUUGGAGAGCUUUAGAUUCUGAGAAACAGCUACUUGGUAUCCAGCUUCUGAGAAUCUGAAAAAGCUCCUA